ACGAGCCAUAGAUAAUAGAUACACAAAGGAUAACGAGCAUAACCUCAGAUAUGUAGUAGUAGCAUUGCAUUUAAUAUUAUUUGGUAUCCUUUUUAUAUUUUUCUGCAAAUUAAAUAAUGGAAACUAAAAAGCCGUUAUUUCGAGAACUUACCGCUGAAGAUCCAGAACCUGAAACUACAGAAAUUGAAUCCCUUUGUAUGAAUUGCCAAAAAAAUGGUGUGACACGGUUAUUAUUAACAAAAAUACCAUUUUUUAAAGACGUUAUUGUCAUGUCAUUUUGUUGUGAACAUUGUGGCUUUCAAAAUAAUGAAAUUCAGUCGGGUUCUAAGGUAGAUGAGAAAGGGGUUAAAAUUACCCUUAAGGUACAAACUGAGCGUGAUUUAUGUAGACAAGUGGUAAAAAGUGAUUAUGCAAGCAUAAAAAUUGUUGAACUCGACUUUGAAAUACCUGGGAAAAGUCAAAAAGGAGAAGUAACAACAGUGGAAGGUAUCAUAAAUAGGUGUGUAACUGGUUUACAACAAGAUCAGCCUCUCAGGCGAGUUCAGCAUCCUGAAGUUGCUAGUCAAAUAGAUGAAGUAAUUUUGAAACUGGAACAUUUAAAAGAAUUAGAAAAACCAUUCACAUUGAUCAUAGAAGACAUAAGUGGAAAUAGUUUCAUACAGAAUCCAAAUGUGCCACAUCCAGAUCUUCAGUGUACAACGACUUACUUUAAAAGGAACAAGGAACAGGAUCAUGAAUUGGGAAUUUUUACAAAUGAUGAGAUUGAGGAUGGUGCAAAACAACAAGAAGAGCCAAAUCUACUUCAUCCAAUAACUGAAGGAGAAUACAAAUAUGAAGACCUUUUAGGAGAAGUUUUACAGUUUCCAACAAAUUGUAAUAUUUGUGGAGCACCUUGUCAGACAAACAUGAAAGUGACAGAUAUUCCUCACUUCAAGCAAGUUGUUAUUAUGGCAACUACAUGUGAUACAUGUGGUAACCGAACUAAUGAAGUAAAAUCAGGGGGUGGUAUUGAACCUAAAGGUGUCAAGAUAGAAGUUAAUGUAUACAGUAAAGACGAUUUUUCACGAGAUUUGUUGAAAUCAGAGACUUGUCACUUAUUUAUUCCGCAAUUGGAUUUGGAAGUGGGUCCAGUGGCUUUAGGGGGACGAUUUACCACUGUAGAGGGUAUUUUAGUAGCUAUUAAGGAUCAGCUAGGGGAACAUAUGUUUGGAGAUUCAACAGAAGAAGAGACAAAAAGAAGACUAGAAAGAUUUAUUGAGCAAUUUGAUGAUAUUCUAGAAUGCAGAAGGCCUAUCACAAUAAUUUUGGAUGAUCCUGCUGGAAAUAGUUACAUUCAAAGUUUAGCAGACAAUGGAAAACCAGAUUCAAAUUUAAAAAUAACACACUAUCAAAGGUCUUUUGAGCAAAACGAAGAAUUAGGACUAAACGACCUUAAAACAGAGAAUUAUGAGAGCUAAUUAGCAAAAAAAUUAUAUUGUGUAAUAUAAGAUAAAAAAUUGCUUAUAAAAUUCCAAAAAAAUC